AUGGAGGUGCAUCCCGGCAGCACGGCAGCCGUUGAGCCGCCAUCGGCGCCCAUCCAUCACCCCUCGGCACCUCUCAUCGCCCCUGCACAACCACACGCACCCAUCCAAGAGAAACAACAACAGGCUUUGCCUGCCUCACAACCGUCAUCCAUGACCUCCUCGCACCCAUCUGCCCCCGUCUCGCCUGCUGCCGGACCGGUGGAUGUGGUCACCGCCGACGCCACCUCGCAUCUCGAUAAUCAGCAACAAGACCAUGAACCCCUCGUCUACGCUCUCGACACCACGAGACCCCCCAACCACGUACCAGCUGAAAGCCCUCACCUGCCACCCCCCUCCGCACCUCCCCACAUCACGGCGCCCUCGUCGAGCAACGGCGAACCCCCUGCCAAACGGGCGGCCCCUGCCACGGCCCCGGCCGCGCCCGCCCCGGCUCCUCCCUCCACCACUCCAAUUCCCAGCACAACUUCCACAACGAUCACCCCAGAAGGAAAUCCGGCACCAAUCCCAACGACCACCUCCUCUCACCUCAACCACCAUCAGCCUGGAGCAACCAAGGCAGCUUCCAAACCCAAAAAGGCCAAGGCUGAUAAGCCGUCCGGUAAGGACCGCCGAUCGCGGCGGCCCAGCAUCUCCAACCCCACGACGCCGAGUGCCCCAGCUGCCAGUCCCGCUGAGAGCACUCCCAGCCAUGGCAGCAACGCCACCACGCCUGGCAGCAAGUCAAAACCUCGGAAUCGUCGCUCCAGUGUGCCAAAGUCUCCCAAAAUGUCCGUGUGGGAACGUGAAAUGGCCUGCCUCCAACACGAGAUUGACAAGUCCAUGCUUUCCCUUUUUGAGCGACCCCGCGCGCUUCUUCAACGAGUCAUGCACAAUGAGAACACAGUUCGUGGUCUGGUUCCGCUCAAUCGCAAUGACAUUCGUCGGGUCUUGGGCGCAUGCAUGGAAAGUGCCGAAACUGUGGUCCAUCAAUCCCUGGUUAUGAUGCAAGAGGGUCGAAGCACGGGACAUCGCAUCAACAUUAGUGAUGUACACAAGGAGCAGGCUCUGCAUCGUGCCUGUGAAGCUGGCAGUUUGGAUGACGUGAAGCAUUCGAUCGAGAUUGAUCGCGUGGCGCCCAAUUCUCGCACCCAUGAUCGUCAAACUCCUCUCGGCAUUGCCGUUUUUAAUCAGCACACGCACAUCGCAAAAUACCUCCUGGAGAUUGGUGCCGAGGUGAAUGAGCGAUCGGGUCCUUUCCAGCUGACACCGCUGCACUUGGCUGUUUUAAAAGAUGAUCUUGAAUUGAUCACGCUUCUCAUCAAGCACGGAGCCAAGCGCUUUGUUGUUGGUGGGCAAAGCGAGAUGCAAGGCACUGUCUUCGAAAUGGCCGAGCUUUCCAUUCGGGCCUGGGUCCUUAUGGAGGGCAUGAUGGGAGCCAAUGGCAAGUCAUGCCAAGAGGAACGCUUGGAGCAUGAGGAGGAGCAACGCCGCCUCGAGGAGCCCACACCACCACCUUCCGCGGUGCCGGAAAAAGCGAUCAAGGCCGGGGGCUCACCAGAGAAGACACCCAAGCCAGCCAAGGUGGAGAGCAGUGUCGAGAAGCCGCGCAAAAAGUCGGGCACUCGAGAGCCGGGGCGCGUAGCUCGUUCUCGCUCGACAGCCAGUCUGUCUGAUAUGGAAGGCCUGCAGGAGGUUGCACAAAACAGUUUGGACGUUGUGCCGACACUGGAUGAUGACGAGGGCGCCUGCCGACGUGGCAAAUCCAAGCCAUUGGAGCCCGAGGACAAUCGCAUUCGUUUCACUCGACCAGCACCACGCAGCGAGGCUUCAGCUGAGCCUACACCCAUCGAGGAGCCACCACGCUCCAUCUUGCCAGAGCUGCUGGAUCCCACGCAUACGGCUCACGUUCUGGCCAACGGUGUGCGCAUUGUAUUAACGGCCAAGGGACCUACUGUGUUGCCUGCCGAAGGGACAUACGAACACGUGGUGCCCAACUCAACGGGCGAAGCCACCGGAGCCUUGUCCUUGGGCCAGUAUUGCCCGCCACAGGUGAUGGGAGAGCUAGCGGGUCAGCUUCGUCAGUGGCGAGAUCAGGUUCCAGACGGAGUGAAACAGUCAAAAGUCUGGCAGCAUUCGGAGAUGGCUCUUGCCUUUGAUCGUGAUACGGAGUUUAUCAUUGGCAAUAGCGUCAACGCUGUCCUCAACUUGGAGGACAAGAAGAAUGUUUGGAACAAGCACCGCAACAUGUAUCGCUACUUGUGCGAUAAACGGGAGCGUCAACACAUUUGCGAGGCGGACCCCGACUUUUCUGGGGACGUGCCACCGGCACUUACGUUGGUCCUGCGGCACGAGAUGCUGAGCUUGACACGUCAGCACUCGGCGUAUGCGCGCAAUCCGAAUGUGCGAUUGCAGAUUGAACAGCUGCCAAUUAUCCGGCCGGGUGAGUUUUUGCUCACCAACAUGCAGAACAAAGCCAAGAAGCAGUUGCAGCGCAAGGUGGAGGGUCACCAGCAGGAAACGGCAGAGGCGGAGCGACAGAGUCGUGUCGUGUCACUGAUGACGGCCGCCACCAACGCUAUUCGGCAAUCCGACUCGACCAUCCUCAAGGGGUUGCCUAGUGCCGUGGUGGACAAGGCCGUCAAGAUGAAUCUCAAUCCAAGGGCGGCAGACACGGCGGGACGGACGGCGGUGGAGAUUGCCAAACUGGUGCAAAAGGAUGCGUUUGCCAAACUGAGUCCUGGACUGAAUCCUGCCAAUGCGCAGCGCGUGCAGCAGUCGUUGCGAAUCGCCUAUGAUAAGCACGACAAGCACAAUUACUCCGCGCAGGACGCGGUGCAAGAGGCCAUUCGGGUCUGGCUUUCUGAUCCCAAUGUCACCAUCAACACCAACGCAUCAAUGGGGCACGAUGGCGGUGAGCUCGAAGGGGCCUUGCGCGACGGCGUAGCUGGUCAUACGGGCGAUCUGGGCACGGGCUGCGUCGACACCGGGCUGGACCCAAGUGCUGGGACCAAUGGGAUCCUGGAUGGCAGUGGGAUGGAGACGGAUCGUCCAAAUUCGCGUCGCUCCGCGAGUGCGAGUGCGGCGGCGCGGGCGGCGGCGGUCGCCAUGCUGGGCCCAGCAAGCCCGCAGGCCGAGCCGGCGCCACUCGAUGCUGGUUUGCCGGGCCCUGUGCCCCAGUAUGCGAGCAGCAGCAUAGAUGGCAUGACUCGGCCACCUGCCUACGUAGUCGCACACACAGCAGGCAGCGAAGAUGCACCGACAGCCACCCACCCGUCCGAGCUGACGUCUGUGGCCCCGGCUAUGAAUGCGGCGCCCGUGGGUCGCCCCAGGCCCGCUGGCCUAGGCUGGCGACCUUUAGAAGGGCCAGCCAGGCCCGGGGCUUUUGAGGCUCUGCCCGGGCGCACGGCAGCCGUGGCACCUCCCCGGCCUCAGAUGGCUGUCAGCCUUGAUCCAUUUGGGGCUUUGCGACACCCCCAAGCGACCGUCCAUAACAUGCCUACCUCCAAUGUCUCUUUGGCGUCCCUCAUGGCACAGGGCAUGCUGACACAGGCUUCAGCCCUUCCCGUGCGGAAUGAGGAUCCCUUACCCAGCUAAUCGCUGUUGGACUGAUCGGUUGGGCGGGCCCACGUAUAUUCCUUUUUAAACCUGAGACGAACUUCUUUUUUUUUAAUUGAUUGAUGCUGCC